AUGAAAAAAAAUAUGUUUUUUGAAUUUUUACCUACUUUAUUAAAAUUAAAAUUUAUUAAUAAAUUUAAUAAUUUUGAUAGUGAUAGUAAAAUAAAUAAAAAAAUUUCUAAAAAACAAUAUAAAGGUAUAAUUAAAUUAAUUAAACAAUAUCGUUAUUUAAAUAUAUCUUCUCUUAAAAUUAUUAAAUUUAUUAAAGUUAAGUAA